UAGCAGCUGUGGAGGAGAGUUUAUGGGCUGGAUUCCUUCCUAGGUGGAGUUAGCCUGUGUAUAAAUACACUCUUUCUAUCACUGCAACUCCCCUGGAACUACACUAAGACUAACUUCUCCCUUCUGAUAUCACUCGACACACACACGCAGUCCCAUCAUGUCUUUCAUCCAAGCCUUUUUGGAGCAAACGGUCUAUCUGGGCAUGCCUGAUGACUCACUCCUAAAGAAUGAUGGAACAGUGACUCCAGCUACCAAUUUUAGCCCAAGUGGAGAUGCAGGAAUCCUGGACAAAGCCAUCAAGGCAAAAGGUGUGGAUGAAAACACCAUCAUUGAAAUUCUGGUGAAAAGGAGCAAUGAUCAGAGACAGCAAAUCAAACAGGCUUACCAGCAGGCCAGUGGCAAGCCGCUGGAAACAGCUCUGAAACAUGCUCUGAAAGGAGAUCUGGAGGAUGUGGUGCUGGCUUUGCUGAAAACACCAGCCCAGUACGACGCCCAGCAGCUGAAACACGCUAUGAAGGGUCUUGGAACAGAUGAGGAUACCCUGAUAGAGAUUCUAGCUUCCAGAACCAACAGACAGAUCAUGGACAUCAAAAAGGUCUACAAGGAAGAAUACAAAAAGGAGCUGGAGGAGGACAUCAGGUCUGACACAAGUGGGGAUUUCAGGGCUGCCCUCCUUGCUCUCUGUAAGGCCAGCAGGACUGAAGGAGUUAGUGAGCAGCUAAUUGACAGUGAUGCCAGGGCUAUGUAUGAGGCUGGAGAGGGGAGGAAGGGCACAGACUGCUCUGUGUUCAUUGACAUCCUGACCACCAGGAGUGCCCUUCAUCUUCGCAAAGUAUUUGAAAGGUACUCAAAGUACAGCAAAGUGGAUGUAGCCAAAGCCAUCGACCUGGAAUUGAAGGGGGAUAUUGAAAGUUGUCUCACAGCAGUAGUGAAAUGUGCUGGAAGCAGGGCUGCCUUCUUUGCAGAGAAACUCUACUUGGCCAUGAAGGGUAAAGGUACCCGCAAACAUAUCCUGACUCGCAUCAUGGUGAGCCGCUCUGAGAUUGACAUGAAACGGAUCAAAGAGGAGUACAAGAAAAACUAUGGCAAAACACUCUACCAGGAAAUCCUGGAUGACACACAGGGAGACUAUGAGAAGAUCCUGCUGGCUCUCUGUGGGGGCGAAAACUAAAAGCCUGUCGGUUAAAAAUUUCAGAACUGAAGAGCAAAGAUCAAAAAGCCAAAGAUAAUCCCCCCCACCUGUGGCAAAUUACCUUUUGUCUCUGGGCCUGUACUGUGCCUUUUAUGCUUAUAGCGAACCGAGGAGACAUCAUGGCAUUUAGUAAAAGUAUAGCAUAGAGUUGGCACUGCUUCAGCAUACAUAUUCUCUCCUGGAGAUGUUUUCUUCCAAGCUAUUCCAAUGUAGAUCUGAUAUCAUUCCACUGGAUCUAUGCUCUCCACAGACUCAGCUUUUGUGCUUUUGUCCAAUGCUCAAGAAGCUGAAGUCAGUUACUAUAGCACAGCUGAUAUAUGCAGAGGACCAUGUGCCAAUUAUCUAGUGGUAGUUUUACCUGUGAAGGAGCUUCAACAACUGCAAAUAAAAGCUUUUUAUAACGAA